CUGUGCCAAGUGUAAGCUGCGGGAACUUGUUGGCAAUGCCCAGCUCUCAAUACCCACCAAGCGUUUCCCAGCUUACUAUUUAAGAUCUGCAAUCUCCAAUGGUUUUACUCAAUGUAGGAUGGGACUUAAGUUGAGCGGCAGAUAUAUCUUUCUGGUCCUUGCUGUACAUCUAGCAUACCUGCUGCAGGCGGUGAGGGCUGCAGGCAAAUGUGAUGCGGUGUUUAAGGGCUUAUCGGACUGUAUGCUCACGCUGGGCGACAGAGUGGCCAACUACCCUCAAGACCUGGAGGAAAAGAAAAAUCUUGACACCAUAUGCUCGUACUGGGAUGAUUUCCACGUCUGCACUGUCACAGCCCUUGCGGAUUGUCAGGAAGGGGCAGCGGAUAUCUGGGAGAAACUGAAAAGGCAAUCCAAGAACCUCAACAUUCAAGGCAGCUUAUUCGAACUUUGUCCUGGAUCUACUGGAGCACAGGGCCCCAGGCUCCUUUUUCCAGCUUUUCUGCCUUUGCUCAUGGUGUCCCUCUCUGCCCUACUCAAUUGGGCCCUUCAGUAGCUGUUCACUUCUGCCCAACCCAACUGCACCUGUCACAAGAUGGCCAGCUCUUAUCUACUAAGUUGGAUCCUUCAGUAGAUGCCCAUUAUGCUCUACUCAGCCGAUGGCCAGCUCUUACCUACUGAGUUUGAACCUUCAGUAGAUGCCCAUUAUCCUCUACACAGCCGACGGCCAACUCUUGCCUACUGAGUUGGAUCCUUCAGUAGAUGACCAUCAUGCUCUACUCAUCCGGGUCCUUAAGCGGAUGUCCAUCUGAUGUGUACCAAACUGGAUGUUCCAGUAGAUCAGAAGCUUGGGGAAUGCGCUCCCAUUUUCCACCUGCUGGGAAUUUCUAGAUGGAAUAUCUUUUUAAAAAAAUGACCAUCUAGGCUUGUUGGGGGGAAAGAUACAUUCUUUAUUUUGUGUUUUGUUUUUUGCCAAAAUGUUACCAAACCAUGAGCAACAACAGCCAAAUGCGGACCUCAGCUUUACAUCAGAGUCGAAGCGUCGAGCCCUAAUUUUUGCAAAAGAAACUCAGGAAAGGCCCUGGGCCAAGUAAUAAUAAUAAUAAUUACACUUCUAGUAAUAACAAUAUUAGGAGGAAAUCAAGUUGGGCUCACAAAAUUAAAGCAAAUAAGUAUGGAUUAAACACAAGGUGCAAAGAAAAAUGCCACGGGACCUGUGCAUCCAAAGUGUAUUGUAGGUGUUCACAUGUGAGGCAUAAGGUCAACUCACUUUCUGACGUAUCCCAUUAACCCCAUCACGCACAGAACCAUGAUCUCUCCAUUCCACAGAAUUGUUGUAACCAAGAGAAGAGGAUCUCACAGCACAGCAAGGAAAUCACACACAUAUACCAACAGAGAGAGACAAUGAAUUAGUCCAUGAAUGGCUGCUCAGACGAAUGGGUGUGUGAAUGCUUAUACUGGAUGUAUGGGAGUGCUGAGCAAGUUCAGCUUUAUCUGUUGUUGCCAAGAUAUAUUUCAAAGUUUCACUGCCUUUAUUUUUCUUUUCUCAGAUUAGAUGUUAAACAUAUUACUUAAAUAUCCGACUGUGUAACCCAUAAAUGGGGGAAAAUAAAUGUAUAACCGUACAAUAGUUAAAAAUUAUAUAUAUAUUCAAGAUUUUGACAAAAAA